AUGGGUGUCUAUUAUUGUCUAAGUAAAGUUGAGUAUAAUGGAAUUUUAAUUGCUUUUGUUGGAUCUGUCAUCACAUGGACUAUCUCUAUUCCAUUUAUAAUUAGUAGUUUUGAAAAAUUUAGAUAUCAAAAAUAUUUUCACCUAACAUAUAUGAUUAUUGAGAUUUUUCUUGUUAUUGCUGCUGGUGUUAGAUUUACUCAAUAUUCAUGUUAUACUUCAGUAUUUAGAACUUUAGGUAUGAAAACUACAGAUCCUUUAAAUAAUAUGAAAUAUCAGUAUAUCAAGGAAGGACUUCCUAAUUGGGUAGAAUUGUAUACUUUUACAUUUAUUGGUACAAUUUUUUUAUGUAUAUGGUUAUAUUGUAUUAGGACAUCAUACAAUUUAUAUAGAAGAAUAAAUAUUAUAAGAAUGUAUGAAGACAAUAAAUUAGGAAAUAAUAAAAUUGUUAGUCAAAAAGAAACUCCAAAUUUUCAAAAUAUUAUGGGAAAUAAUAAUAAUUCUCAAAAUAUUUUUCCUAUUUCUGCACCUAUUUAUAAUCCACAAAUAACACCAUAUAUUACUAACCAACAAUUUCCUAAAACAUAA